UAAGCGAUGAUGAAAUGGGUGAUAAGAAAUCUGAGGGCUCACCUGAACAGAAUUCUGAAGCAAACGAUCCUGAACAUUACCAUGGAAACAGAGUAGAUGCAGAAAAAGAUAAUUUUGUUAAGGCAACUGUUAAUAACGACGAUGAAACA